GCUCGUAGCAGAUUCCCGAUUUUAUGGCAAUGAAACUGGCUCUUAAAAUCGUACUGAAUCUGGUCUUAUAAAAGCGCUACCAAAUUUGGCAAACAGCAUCAGAAACAAUCGAGUGUUCUAGUCUAAUCCACACAUAUUUGCAAAAUGUUCAAAUACGUAUUACUUUUCGCUUUCGUCGCCUACGCCUCGGCUGCCGCUAUCAGCAGCAGUUCCGAUGAUGCUCACGCCCAAGUCAGCGUUCAGACCAAUAAAGUCCGUGUCGAUGGUUUCGACUCCGAACUGGAGACCAGCAACAGCAUCCAUGUUGUGGAACAUGGUGACGCCGAAGGUAACAUCAACGGCGAAUACGGUUGGGAUUCACCCGAAGGCGACCACGUCCUCAUUACCUUUGUGGCCGAUGCCAGCGGUUAUCACCCAAAGAGCGAGCUCUUGCCCACACCACCACCAACACCAGAGGCCAUUGUCAAGGCUCUCGAAUAUAUUGCAUCUCACCCCUCAAAGGAAGCUAAGAACUAAACGAUUUCCAUUACUAUGAUAUGAUAUUGCUUCGCACUGAUUAUGAAAAAAUGUGGCUGACUUCUCCUAGAGCAUGAAUUUUGACGAUGCUAUUGAUUUAGUCGGCGAUGUGAGAUUAUGAUUGACUGUAUUAUAGUUCCUUAUGUUUGCCGACUAUUUCAGUUUUACAUUUAAUGUUUUUGUAAAUACGUAUAUACUAUGUAUAGAAUGCAAAUAAAAUACUCCACUUGAUUGGUAAACUCA